CCCAGGUUUCUUUUCUUUCGCCCAUUAAGUGAUUGAAUUUAAGAUCCUCGUAUUUUAUAAAUAGAUCAAAUAUUAAAUAACCAGUAAUAUGAAACUCCUGGAACUGGCUUAGAUUCGAGUUUUGAGGAGGUUGGAGGGCGACCAAAGGUUUUUAGGACCUUUCCGAUCGCGGCUCUUUCUUCCGCCAAGGCCUGAGCUGCCCCGGGAGAGUCGAAGCCGCAGUCAUGUCUGCUGCCAUCGCUGCCCUGGCAGCUUCCUACGGCUCGGGCUCGGGGUCCGAGUCCGACUCCGACAACGAGACCGGACGCUGUUCCCUACCCGCCGCCGACUCCCUUAUCCAUCUGACGAAGACGCCUUCGGCCAAUCUCUCUCUGGUGGGGACCGUGGACGCGGCGCCGGAGGUGGCGGUUAAGGAAGAUGUAGAGACUGGAGUACACCUUGAUCCUGCCAUUAAGGAAGUCCAAUACAAUCCUUCUUAUGAGACUAUGUUUGCUCCUGAGUUUGGACCAGAAAAUCCCUUUAGGACUCAACAGAUGGCUGCCCCUAGGAAUAUGCUUUCUGGAUAUGCUGAACCAACUCAUAUCAAUGAUUUCAUGUUUGAACAGCAGAGGCGAACUUUUGCAACCUAUGGUUAUGCAUUGGACCCCUCAUUAGAUAAUCAUCAAGUUUCUGCUAAAUAUAUUGGGUCUGUAGAAGAAGCUGAGAAAAAUCAAGGUUUAACUGUGUUUGAAACUGGACAGAAAAAAACAGAAAAGAGAAAAAAGUUCAAAGAAAAUGAUGCAUCAAAUAUUGAUGGUUUCUUAGGACCAUGGGCAAAAUAUGUAGAUGAAAAAGAAGUGGCUAAACCUUCAGAAGAAGAACAGAAAGAAUUAGAUGAAAUCACAGCCAAGAGGCAAAAGAAAGGCAAACAUGAGGAUGACAAACCUGGGGAAGAAAAGACCAUUUUACAUGUCAAAGAAAUGUAUGACUAUCAAGGCAGGUCUUAUCUUCAUGUUCCUCAAGACGUAGGUGUUAAUCUCCGUUCUGCAGUACCACCUGAGAAAUGUUAUCUUCCGAAAAAACAGAUCCAUGUUUGGUCUGGACAUACAAAGGGUGUCAGUGCUGUCAGACUGUUUCCUCUUUCCGGCCAUUUGUUGCUGUCUUGUUCCAUGGACUGCAAAAUUAAGCUAUGGGAAGUUUAUGGAGAUCGGCGCUGUUUGAGAACAUUUGUUGGUCACAGUAAAGCUGUUAGAGAUAUCUGCUUUAAUGGUGUAGGAACUCAGUUCCUCAGUGCAGCAUAUGACAGGUAUCUUAAGCUAUGGGACACAGAGACAGGUCAGUGUAUAUCAAGAUUUACAAACCGGAAAGUUCCUUAUUGUGUCAAGUUCAAUCCUGAUGAAGAUAAACAGAAUCUUUUUGUGGCUGGUAUGUCAGAUAAGAAGAUCGUACAAUGGGACAUCAGAAGUGGGGAGAUUGUGCAAGAAUAUGAUAGGCAUUUGGGAGCUGUCAACACCAUUGUGUUUGUGGAUGAGAACAGGCGGUUUGUAAGCACUUCUGACGACAAGAGCCUACGCGUUUGGGAAUGGGACAUUCCUGUAGAUUUUAAAUACAUAGCAGAACCCAGUAUGCAUUCAAUGCCUGCAGUGACUUUGUCUCCAAAUGGAAAAUGGUUGGCAUGUCAGUCCAUGGACAAUCAGAUUUUAAUUUUCGGAGCACAGAACCGAUUUAGAUUGAAUAAGAAAAAAAUAUUUAAAGGGCACAUGGUGGCAGGAUAUGCUUGUCAGGUGGACUUUUCUCCAGAUAUGAGCUAUGUGAUAUCAGGAGAUGGAAAUGGAAAAUUAAACAUUUGGGACUGGAAGACUACAAAACUCUACAGUCGAUUUAAAGCUCAUGAUAAAGUAUGCAUAGGUGCUGUGUGGCACCCACAUGAAACAUCUAAGGUUAUAACUUGUGGCUGGGAUGGUCUUAUUAAAUUAUGGGAUUAACCCCCAAACUUCACUAGGAUCUUUUGGAUUUGAUAACAUAUUUAACUGGAUUUGAUUAUUAAAUGUGUUGGGUGACAGUUUAUCUUUUGCAGAUAUGUGCUCUUUACACAGAAUUCUGUCUCAGUACAAAUAUACAAUUUGUUUUGUAAUUUUGAUUUAUAUAAUUUCAUUCUAGUCUUUAUAGGUGUCACCAAAAUAAGUAAUGCCUAUUGACAUCCCUUUCUUUCCAAUUACCAAGGCUUACUACCAGUUAUAAAUCUUGAAAACUUUUUGAUCCAUAUAUUUUAUUGCUAUCUCAUUACUGUUCAUGGAAUCUACCCGUUGUAUUUUGUGAUUCCUAACAGUUGAAGUAAUAAAUGAACAUUUAAUUCUAAGGGAACAAACACAUAGGUCUCCAACAGAGCAGAAAAUAAGGAUCUCAUUGAUGAUUUCAUUGUACAUAAAUCUAGAGGAAGAACAAGCUGUUAGAGGAACAGCUUUUCUUUUCUUCUUCCUACCCAGUUCCAAUAAGUCAUACCUUGUGAGCUCUAUUGUUUCUCCAUGGGUUCCUCUUUUUUUUGUAUCUCUUCAGUUGCAAGUCAUCAAUUUCCUUUGGCUACAGCUUAAUUAAUAUGGACAGUUAUGAAAUAAAGAAUAGACCCAAGUCCUUCUCCUUGACCUUCCCAAUGCAGGCAGAUCAGUGCCCUUUAAUCAUAAAAUUAAAUUAUUUCUGAACAGUAACUCAUGUGGAGGGUGAAUUGGGUCUGCAUUAUUGUGUCAUGAAGUACAUAAAAUAUGCAAUUAUUCUUUCAGGAACGUAACUCCUGAUUAAUACAAGUAAGUCAUCUGAGAACUUAUGACAGUCUUUUGAUGGGACUAGCUUAUAGCACUUUAAUUUUGACAAGCCAUCUCCUUUUAUUAUUUUCUAGGAACCUAUGUUUUGAUGUUUCAAAAGUGUUUUGUUGUUAACUGUUAUAGAUAGAGAAGGCAUCAUGUUGGAAAAGACUAGGGAGACUGCCUAAUCAGGUGGAUGGCUACCUAGGAUGCUGAGCUGAAAGCCAAGGGACAGCUAAGUGCUAACAACCCUGAAUGCAUUAAGCGCUCAGUAACCUAUUCCUAGAACAUUUAUUGUUAAGCACAGAUACACUGUCAUUACACAACUUGUAGAAAUGUGUGACUUUGCCCUCACAGAAAUUUUAUUUUUAAAGAAUGUGGUACCUCUGGGCCAACAACCACAUAUAAAGAUGUUUUUGUUUCCCUUAUGCUGAAAGCAAAACUUAGAAGAGAAGAAAAGAAAAAAUAGCAAAAAGAGGAGAAGGUUCUUUGUUGGGUAUUGCUCACUCAAAGAAAUAAAGACUAUCUGAACUACAGAUAGACUACAUCUGCCAGGCAGAGGUGGUUGUCUAAUUUCCCAAAUGGGAAGUAUGCAGGCAAGUUCUUAACCUGAACUUUAGUCUGAAUGUUAGCUAUUAACAAAUGUGAAUUAUUGAUUUGUGAUGAGACAAUGAAUUAAUCAUAGGCUUAAAACUACAUCUUGUUCAGUACCAGGAUUGUGUGUGCUACAAAUUGUAUUUUCUAAAACCUAGAUAGUUGUUGUAUAGUGUUUUUUGACUGUUUCUAGACUAAAUAACUGUACAUAAAAGUUCUCUUUUUAAAGAGCCUAUUUUUAAAUAUAUCUUUUUACAGAAAAAUUACCAUAGUGUUGUAUUUAUCUUUAUUUUCCUUUCAGUUGAACAAGACUGAACUUUAAUCCCAGCUGUGGUGUGAAACCACACUGUGGGCAAUAUUUUAAAUAGUUAUUUUAUUUUGCCAAGAAACUGAUGCUUGAAAAGGAAUGUGUUUGGUUAUAUUAAUUGGCUAGCUCAACAUCAAAAAUAAUACAGGAAUGUGCUAGAAAAAUGAAAUUUACCCACUGAAUUCUACAAAGGCCAUGACAAGUCAUCACAUUCUAAAAGCUGAGAAAGCUCCCUUACUAUGACAGGCAUAUUUGAGUUGUUCUAAAUUGUGAUCUUAUGCUUCUGCUACUACAAUAAGUGUUGUUUUAUUAUAAUUAGAAGAUGAGAGGGUGAAAUUUGAGCCCCUGUGGUUAGUUCAACACCCUUCAAGUUUUUAAUUUGUAAAGGUAAUCAGAGACCCAGUACAAAAUUAUCUUUUAAUGCAAAGCAGGGAAAGAGGGAUGGAGAGAAUGGUGCUGAUGUAAUCCUUGCUAGGCCAAGAAGGGGAAUGACAAAAUAUAAAUUACCCAAAGUAAGAAUUUGAACUGUCUUAAAAUAUACCCUGAAAUUUAAAAGAUUCUACUAACUGGAAAAAAUUUAAAAAGAAGUAAUGAAUGAUCCUUUUAAAAUCCAAACCUUAGGAAAUAAGUACUCCGAUUUCUAGACCCAAGAAUUAAUUCCUGUUUAGUAUAUCACAUAUUAUAAUAUAUUAUUAUAGUGCCUUGCCCACAGCAGGCUUAUGAGGUAAAUAAUGCAAGCAUUAUAAUUCUUCUUUUAACUAAUGUGUAAAGAAUUCAAACAUCUUAUGUAGACAUUUGACUAUAAGAUUAUAGUAAGCCAAUCCUCAAACAUAAGUCAAAAGACUUUCCAGCAUACCACAUUGUCUUUGUAUAAUAUACCCCAUACAUACCUAAAAAUUACAUCUCUUCUUGGGGAAAGGGAUAAGGAUGGUCUUGUCAGCCUGCCCUUCUUCCCAUUAUUCCAAAACUCAUUAUUUCACUGGCUACUGAUAAAAGUGAAAAUUACAGAAAACUAUAAAAUUCAUCAUAGCCAAAAUAUUU